AUGUCUGAGAAGAUUAAUGUCUCAACCAUAAAGCUUUUUGGGAGAACGAUAUUCAUAACACACAACACUGAUGUCCUUACCAAUGAUUCUACUCAACAGAAUUCCACAAAACUUGAUGAUCAAAGUGAUAUGUCACAAGACAAAUCUCCAAUGAAACCAGACAUGAUUGUUCCAUGUCCAAGAUGCAAAAGCAUGGAAACCAAAUUCCGCUACUACAACAACUUCAAAGUCAAACAGCCAAGACACUUCUGCAAAAACUGCCAGAGAUACUGGACUUCUGGAGGAACCGCCAGAAAGAUGCUUGUAGGAGCAGGUCGCCGUAAGAACAAAUUCACUAAUUUUCCUUUAGAUGUCUUGCAUUAUUCUCAAAUGAGUAAUGUCUCUUCAACUUCACCUGACAAAAACUUGAAUGUUGGAUCAUAUGAAGAAACAUUUGAUAAGAGUUAUCAAAGUCUUCCUCCACAGUUUUCAUGGAACCCUGCAAUUUGUUAUCCCAAUAAAGCAUACUAUGGUGGUUUCUUGCAACCAUUUGUACCAACACAAUCUUGUGGCCCAAGUCAACCUACACUAAGGAAACAUUCAAGAGAUGGAGACGUGAUCAUCUAUUCCAACUCCGAGAAAGAAAAACUUGGCUUAAAAAGAAACAAAGAAAGACAUGAUAGUAAUGAAGAAUUGGUUCCUAAGUUACUAAGAGUUGACUACCCUAAUGAUGUUGUAAUGAGUUCUAUAUGGUCAACAAUAGGAAUCGAGAAUGGGAGAGGAAUUUUCAAGGGGUUUGGAUCUAACUGUGAUGACAAGAAUCAUAUUGUUGAAGCAUCUUCAUCAGUAUUGAAAGUUAAUCCUGCAGUUUUACCAAGCUCUAUUGUGUUCCAUGUGAUGAUUUGA